UUCACUCCAUCGUCAAACCUAUACUGCUACGCCCUACCUCGCUACGAUGCCUACGGCCGCUACAUCGGUAGCUGAGACCACUACUCCUGAGCCAGCAAAGAAACGAGCCUGUCCUCCGAAGAACUGCCCUUGCGAGUGGUGCGGUGUAGUAUUUUCCAAGUCAGGACUCGGGAGACACUAUGACUAUUGGGUUUACUCCGCAAGCCCUGGAAAACCUGAUGAGAAGCAUACGCUCGAAGCUAUCCAACGCAUGAGGGAGAUCCGGAAGGACGCCAGGAGGCUUAAGGGGUGUGAUAAACUCGAUCCGAAAGAGAUCAAAUCCCGCCAAAAUAAACGAAACUACGAACGCCAUAAGGGUAGGCACGUUGAGAAGAAGCGUGCCAAAAGGAUGUCUGAGAUGGCUAGGAGCAUGGUCUUGAAGGAGAUUGCUAUGGAGAUUUCAGCAAUUUCUGCACCCCCUACCUACCCAACUCUGGAGCCAGAUUCCGAGGCCCUCGUCAAUUUUCCGGCCUUGGUCUAUGCAUUUCUCUCUCCUCCUUCGGACGUUUUUGCUCCCUCACCUAAUCGCAACCUCAGCUCCUGGGGCGACCAAUUACCCGGAGCCACGGAAUACGUUGCUCUUGGCGUAAAAUUCAAACAGCCAGACCUCAGCAAGUGGUCCCAGAGACUAGACCAAGAGUGGCAAAAUUGGGGAUCGUUGUCAGAACUCGAAAAGAGCAAGCUUUGUUUCCAGGAAAUUGGUCGUGCCCUAUCAAGGAGCCAAGCGGAUGCCGCUACAUACAAGCCGUACGCAAGGAUUCUUGGUAAACUAGGAGGUGAAGAGUUGGGGAAUAGGAUUAUAAAAUGGGAAGGUAGAGCUACUCAGCUUCGCGCCCAAAAGGGGAGAGCUGAAGAGCUCCAGCUAGAGAAGGAAUGGAUGGCCACUAGAGAUGACCAGCACCUCAGCCAUGACAACGCCCCGACCGAAGGUGGAGCCUCAGGUAGCGGCGAGGGUAAUUGGGACAAUGGCAGGAGGGGUGGAAGUGAUUCGGGAACAUCGAGCUCGGGGGAUGACACUGAUUAGGCGCGAUUGGCAAUAGUUCCUUUGACUAUAUCCUUCAAAGUGGUGACUACCAACUUAUGCACCGUUCGGCAAAAAUGCCACAAAAAAACCAUUAACAAGUAUGGCAUAUCAUACCAACCACACAUAUUUGUUAUAUUAACGAAUAAUGAUCUCCAUCUGUAGUCGGCUUCUUGUUUUUUGUUUCUGUUUUUGCCCCUGGCCCCCGUCCCUUUCGUCCAAUCCCGAAUUAUUCUUACCCCUUACGAAUCUCCUUUGAUGGGCCAAUUCUUAUCUCUUAUCCUCAUAAUCUGCCCCCUUUUCCUCUAAAAGUACAAGCUUUUGGCAUGGCAUUUGCUGUUCCCGUGGGGUAGGAAUAAAUUUGAUCUUUUG